UAUUGGGAUCAGGCUGAGAGAUGGAGCUUUGCUACUUGCACCGUGUGCAGAUUUCUAACACUAGUGCAAAACACUGGUGGGGCUGCUGUGGGAAGGGCUCUGUGUACUCAGCCCCUGUCACAUCUCAGCAGCGGGGCCAAGUAAUGUGACUCAGCCCUUGUCUUGCUCAGCGCCUGCAGGAGGAGGCCAGGCUGGGGGGCACACGCCCGGGAUAAAGAGGGACCCUAGGGAUGGGAGGCUGCAUCUCACACCGUUCAGCAAAGGGUGCUGAGGAGAGUGAGUUUGAGCAGGAUUUUGUGGCUGCCCAUAACUCAUACAGAAGGAAGCACGGGGCCCCCCCACUACAACUCAGCCGGGACCUCUGCCGAUCUGCACAGCAAUGGGCCAACCACCUCCUGUCCAUCCAGACCCUGAAACACAGUGGGGGAGACACAGGGGAGAACCUCUACUAUAAAUACAGCUCCAACGCCAGGGAACUACCAGGCCACGAACCUGUAGACAAAUGGUACGAUGAGAUCGAGGACUAUGACUUCAGCAGACCCGGGUUCCGCAGUAACACAGGGCACUUCACUCAGGUUGUGUGGAAGGAGUCUAAGGAGGUUGGAGUUGGGGUGGCUACAGACGGCAAUGGGCUUUUCUUCGUGGUGGGACAGUACAGCCCAGCGGGGAACAUCACCAACUCUGGAUACUUUGAGAAGAACGUCCUGGCCGCUGGGUCUUCUCCUGGUAUAGAUAAGUCUGGUGGCUCAGGAGGAGGAGGUGUUACAGAACCACUCAGAGGCUUCAGAGAACCUGAAAAGAUAUCUACCAACUGGAAACCGGGACCAGGAUUAACCAAACAGGCAGGAGCUGGGAGUUUUGAGCAGGAAGCUCUGGACGUGCACAAUAGGUAUCGACGUCAGCAUGGAGCACCCCCUCUCCAACUGUCCCGAGAGCUGUGCGACUCCAGCCGGAAAUGGGCCGACUACCUGCUCUCUAUCAAUGCUCUGCAGCACAGCAACACCACCAACGGGGAGAACCUGUGGUACAAAUGGAACUCCAGCAUGAGGGAUGCUUCUGGCUCGGAGGUAGUGGACACGUGGUACAACGAGAUAAAGGAUUACAACUUUGGCCGGCCUGGUUUCCAGUCUAACACAGGUCACUUUACACAGGUUGUCUGGAAAGAUUCCAGAGAGGUUGGCAUUGCCAAAGCUGUGGAUGGCAAAGGAAUGGUUAUAGCAGUUGCACAGUACAGUCCAGCUGGCAACAUUACCAACCCUGGCUACUUUCAGAAGAACAUUCUGCCGAAGGGUACACCUGUAUCUGAUGCAGGAACAAGCCCCACGGACAGAGGUACCUCCAACACCUCAUAUGUAGGAACACGUGGAACAGACUCGGCCUCAUCACCUACAGCAGAUGCCAGAGAGUUUGCUCUUGAUUUCCUGAAGGCAAACAACGUUUAUCGAUCACGCCACGGGGCAAAACCUCUUCAGCUCAGCUCCAAGAUAAGUCAGGAAGCCCAAAGGUGGGCAGAGCAUCUCCUCACCCUGAAGACUUUAAAGCCCAGUGACACGUCGCAUGGAGAGAACAUCUGGGCUAAAUCUGGAGGCCCCUCAAUCACUGCUACUGGGCAAGAAGUGGCCGACAGCUGGUACAAAGAAGAAAAGAAUUAUAACUUCUCCAAGUCUGGAUAUCAGGCCGACACAGGUCAUUUCACCCAGAUGGUGUGGAAAGCCUCCAAGGAGGUGGGAGUUGGCCUAGCCUUCAGUGGCAAGGGGAUGAUCAUUGUAGUGGCCCGGUAUAACCCAAGCGGGAAUAUCACCAACCCAGGGUUCUACUCCCGCAAUGUCCUCCCUCGAGGCUCAAAGGUGACGGCUGAUGACGUUGAUGAGGAUGGCUUUGUGAAGGACACAAGUUCUAAUGAUGUUCUCCCCAUUCCAGAGAAGGAGCUGAAAGCUUUCCGUAAGGAUCUGCUCAGUGAGCACAAUAUGUACCGUAAGCUCCACGGUUCCGGGGCCCUCAAACUGAGCGCAGCCCUGUCCCAGGAAGCCCAGAAGUGGGCCGAUCACUUAGUACCGAAACGUGCCCUACAGCACAGUGACACUCAGCAUGGGCAAAACCUGUGGUACCAAUGGGGCACUGACACCAGCUUGCCAACAGGGAAAGAAGUGGCUGAGACCUGGUACAACGAAAAUGCCAAAUACAGUUUCAGCACCCCUGGGUUCCAGAGUGGUUCAGGGAACUUCACGCAGAUGAUCUGGAAGUCUUCCUCGCAGGUGGGCUUCGGCCUCAGUACGGACAGCAGGGGAAUGUACAUUGUCGUGGGCUUUUACGACCCAGCAGGAAACAUCUCCAACAAGAGCUACUUCCAGGAUAAUGUUCUGCCCAGGAAGAAGUGAGGGCACCAAUCAGGAUGACGAACCCUCUACCCAAGACAUGUUCCUAGUUUGCUGGACUCAGGGAAUGUGAAUGGUUUAUUUUGUUUUGUCUUGGAAUUCUAUGCAAGGAUCAAGUGGGAAUCUGAGAUUGGAUAAGAUAACAGAGGUUUCCUUCAACCUUGUAUGGUGCCUGGCCAGUGCCACCUUCUCUUCGACCCUUUUGAUUUCCUACAAAAAUCUGCCGUUAUGGUGCAAUGAUCUGGUUUAAAGGGCUAUCAUGAGCGGGUAUCCCUUUUAAUAGGCUGUUGUUUGGGUUAGGUGUAUCCCUCAUGGUAUCCUUACCCAGGAGUAGGAACCAGAGGCAGAACUAAACAAGCACCUCACAAUGUACCAACUGCCAGACUUACAUUGCCCACCUUUCCCCUACCAAUAUCCCACUGCCCUCCCAUAGUUAUGCCACCGUAUAAAGGACUUAUAUCAGUCCACUUGUAUUCAGCCCCAAGCCCAUUUGGACCCAGGGCAGUGUAUAUAAAAAAAGAUUAAAGGGCAUGUAAACCCAAGCAAACAUUCAUAAAUAACUCCUGCCUACAAGUCAUGAAGCUCAUUAUAAAAUGGGUUUAUAUUCCCUUUAUUGUUUCCAAAAGAUGAAAGAAAAUCACUCUUCCACCAGGUGAUAAAUAAUUAUGCUCGUAUAUAAGUUUAUCCCCCAUAACUGGAAGCAGCCAUGUUUGUUCUGACAUCUCUACAGGCCACACCCACCGCUGGUAGAUUAUUUGGUUCCCCUGCUUGUUUGGUUCACUUUAAGGACAGGUGGGUUUUUGGGUGUAAAGACAAACACAUAUUGUACUAGUGAAAUGGGAAAAUUCUUCAUAUAAUUAUUCCGGCACCUUCCCACUGACGGCAGUAUCCAUUGUGUGUGUUUUUUAUGGUUUCUCUGCACCCCGGUAGCCCUGUUUAUGAGGUACUGUGGUUUUAUUUUGGGGGCACUGCUGCUGAAUGGAAUAAAACCACUAAUACUACAAAUUCUUCAGCUCACGCCAAAGUUCCGACUGUUGAAUGGUAUAGACUUGUCUUGUAGAGAUUUUAUUUUCUAUUAAAGCACAUUUUCCCCUUA